GGAGCUGAGGCGGAGAGAUGACCAUGAGGACAGAGAGAGAGAGAGGGAGAGUUUGGAGAGGAGCCGGGGACUGCCCAUGGUGGAUGGGCGGAGCAGUAAGCAUGCGCUGAGCUGGCAGACUCUGGGCUGGUCCUGACGGGCUGGCUGGGCUCCGGGCGGCUGUCUGUGCGCUUCAGACGGUCUUGGGGGAGACUACCACCAACACUCAUCGUCUCCUUGAGUGCUCAGAGAAUUAAAAAAAAAAAAUAAAAAAUAGAAAAGAAAAAUAGAAGAUACACGAGGACAACUGCGAGAAAAGAAAGCAAACAGCUCCACCUCGGCAUCUGGAAAAGCACCGAAGAAGAAGGAGACGAUCCUCCCCCUCUACCCCACACCCCGUCGCCAACCCGCCCUAUCUACCCUACCCACCACUCCGUGCCAUCCCUCUGGUCUCAACCGCCCUCCCACCCCGUCAGGAGAACCACGACCACCCAUAGGAAACCCCACUUGACCAGCGUUGCCAUUAAGCGAUGCGCUUUGAAUUUAGGAAGAAAUCACCUUUGCGUUUUUGAUGCACAACACAAGCAGUGGUCUUCAUUUUUUCCUUUUUCCUCAGCGGGAACAGUUAAAGGUUACGGAUCUGGGUGUUUACACUUUUUGACGGGUUUCCAGUGGCAUGAUAACAUGCAGAAUAUAUCAUCCCGCGGCAACAACAGACAAAGCUGUCAUCCCAUAGAUUAGUCUUUAUUUGAAACAAGCAGCUGUCACACACGCUGCGUUUGAGCUCAUGUUUGCUUUUUCCCAUGCUUAGAAAGAAUCCCGACAAUGGUCUGGGAACGGACCGCCUCUCCAGACACCUAGAAAUAUUUUUUCAAGACGCAUCAGCUCUAUAUUUCGUGCUUAUCGAAGAAAAAGCGACACAUUGACGAGGAGUCAUUUGACACCGACGCCGCUUGAGCCAUAGGACUUUGCGUGCGAAGUUUGCACCGGGAAGAGGGGGGCCAAGUCGGAGAUAUCUCGGCCAUAUCCACGGCAUUUUCCCUGUAAGGUGGGAGGUCGUCGGGUUGCGGUCAUGCUGUCCCUGGACGAGCCCCUGGAUCUGAAGCUCCCUCGGCGGGCCAAUGGGCGGGACAGAGGCACGCGUUCUCCCCCCCUUUCCCCACUGCACCCCAAGCGAGCUCGCCAGCUCCGCAUGGCGGAUGAUGGCACCGCAGUCAUAGAGCCCGCCUCGCCAGCAUCUCCGAACACAGGUGUGCAGGUGGUGCCUCAUGAUCGAACAGACACCCCCACCCCCCCUGCUGUGGACUUGAGCAUGUCUCCCUCCUCCCGCCACACCCCCAGCUCUCCAGAAAUGACCAACGGCAACUACGUCCCCUCAGGAAAUUCUCACAUUUCACAGGCCUUUCAGUUUUUCGUGCCAAUCGGAGCUGGGGCGGGACUUCACCUGCCAUCCUCCAUGUUCAUUGGCCAGACAAGCGACAAAAGAGCCUCUCCGGACCUCUCAGCGGAUGAACAACUGGCCUGUCGCUGGAAGAAGUGCCAUCUGCUCUUUGACUCCCUGCAAGACCUGGUGGACCAUGUCAACGACUUCCAUGUCAAGCCUGAGAAGGAUUCUGGGUACUGCUGCCACUGGGAGGGGUGUGCUCGCAAAGGGAGGGGUUUCAAUGCUCGGUACAAGAUGCUCAUCCACAUCCGCACUCACACUAAUGAGAAGCCCCAUCGCUGUCCCACCUGUAACAAGAGCUUCUCACGCCUGGAGAACCUCAAGAUUCACAACCGGUCACACACAGGUGAAAAGCCCUACAUAUGUCCUUACGAGGGUUGCAACAAGCGCUACUCCAACUCCAGCGACCGCUUCAAGCAUACGCGCACACACUAUGUGGACAAGCCCUACUACUGCAAGAUGGUGGGCUGCCUGAAGCGCUACACAGACCCCAGCUCUCUCCGCAAACACAUCAAGGCCCAUGGCCACUUUGUGGCUCAGGAGCAGGGCUCCCCAGGUGGGGUGGGCUCCCUGCUGAGGGGGAGUCAAAGUGGAGUGCUUGCUGGCGAAGGGGGUAAGGAUUCAGAGCUGUCCUAUGUGAGUGCAGCCCAUAUUAUCAUCCCAGGGGCAGCGGCUGCUCUCCUGGGAGGCCAUGCUCUGCAGGGUCUGGGUGGUGCCCUACCCCUGUCCCCCCUCAGUCCUCGGCCCCUGGACCUCAGCACACUCGGUUGCCCCAGCUCACCUCCAGGCAGCCUGGGAGGCACAAGCAUCCUGUCCUUCAAUGGCUCUCCGCUGGGCCUGGCCAAGUCUUCUAUGCUCUCCCCGGCGUUCCCCUCCUCAGCCUUGGGCCUGCCGAUGAUGCCCGUGCUGGGGGCCUCGUCUGAGCACAGGGCCCAGAGCCAACGGGCCAAGAAGGGCCGGGGGGAGGAGGCCGAAAACGAGGUGACUGGGGGGGUCCUGAACCUCUCCACGGGAUCCCAUGAUCCCCUGUCCUGGGUGGUCAUCCCCCCAGGCACCGUGGUGCUCAAGCCAGCUGUGGUCAACUGAUAUACACACACACAUACACACACACACAUUCCAGAAGAGCUCAGGGGGUAGGGAUGGGAGGGUGAACGCCAUAGUGAGGGUACGGGCGGUCAAAGGUGAUAGGGAUUGGCUCGCACAAUCAAAUUUAGGUAAUGCAUUUCAAAGAGAGGUUUAGAGAAGAAAACUAGAGAGAAACUUAAUCAAACCCUCAAUCAGCAAAACAACAGAUAACACUACACCUCACAAGAAAUAAGUAAACAACGCAAGCCUCUCGUAUUGAUGGGAAACUAAACUCGGGGCCCAAGAACUCUGUUCAGGAACAUGUAUGGCUCUGUAUUUCUAUCACAACGCCUGACAAUGGGCUCCUCUCUGCUCUCUUAUUUUGUAUUUUAUACUUUAUUCAUUCCUGUUUCCUGAACGUGACAGUCUUAGUGCUCUGUGUUCUUACAAAAGUCCUGAUUCAUUGAUAAGUAUUUAUAUGACUGUACUUCAUCGACAGUGUGCCUCCAGCUUAGCGGUGAGAUAGACACACCAUGAAACUGAAUGACGCACUCACAGUUAGGCAAACAUGCACGUAAUAGGACGAUUCUCCACAGUUGAUUUUAAAGUUAUGACCUAUUUUUCACAGGCUGCUGUGAUUAAUAUGACUCAGACAGGCUUGCCAAACCAAAGCAAGUGAACUCAAACUGUCUUGGAUUUGCAGUUUCAGCUCUGAGACAGUUCAAUUAAACACAGCACUUAAUAGUGUCAACUGGUUAUAGUAUUGAAAACCUCAAAACUGCUGCUAACCUCUCAGCUCCCCCCAGUGUAACAUAAACUGGGAGCGAGCACUUUUGACAAUCUGUCCCCAGUUUGGGGAGGGUGACCAACACAGACCAGCCUAGUCCACCAGAAUGUGUGCCAGGCAUGCAGACUAGGGGCUUUUAGGGCACAGAGCGAGCUGAGGACUUAACACAGACAAAUGGUGUUGCAUCACCUGACAAUGACCAAUCAUCACUUCCUCUUUUACAAAUUGAAGGCAGGCGGUGUGUCUGGCUCCCCCCUCUGGUAGGACACCAUACACAACAUCCCGCUUUCCAUGUACAGAACUCGCACUGUUUUAACUUCUGGAUUGUCCAGCUGCUUUCCCGUAAUUGAAUCAACACGGCCAGUUUGUAUAUGAAAGGGCCACUGUGGUGAUAAACACUAGUGUCUUGUUUUUUAGAAAAGUCACCCGACCCAAAACCAGCUGUGAAAAACAGGUGGUCGUCCAGUCGGGGCCGAACUUAGCCUUGUCGGUUGAAGUUUUGUCCCAAGUUCAACAAGUCCCAUGCCGUGCCAAAAAUACCUGGAGAGGGGAAAGAGGGAUGUACGUAUUGUGCCACAGAGGGGGGUGUGAUGCACUCACUGCCACAUACAGCUGGACUGACUAGGAAGCCACACUAUUGCAAACUGCCUCAUUUUACUCUGUCCAAAGGGGCAAAGAAAAAAAGACUCAUUUGACAUAUGGGAAAUCUUUUCUCAUGGUUCUAUUAAGCAGUCAACACGCACUUACCACACACUAUAUUCCUUACAUGUUUUAUGAAAUGUUACUGCCAAGUGAUGGUUCUUUAAAAACUAGUUUGAUCUUAUUCUGUUUUUUUCCUGCAAGGGUUGAUUUUGCUGUGGGGUCUUCCCAGGCUUGUGUCGCUCAGUGCUAACGCAUGUAUGAUGUUUGACUGCCGUCUCCACAGCGGAGAGGCAGAGGAGCAGGAGAGGAUCAUCACAACACGAAGAACAUUCCCUCAAGAGACUGUCACACACUACCUUCUCUCUCUUCUCACUCCUCCAUCUCUGCUUAUGUUGGUGGUCUUACUUUUCCAUCGCCCAGUCUUAGAAAUAAUCAGUUAUUGCUGUUUUUUUUUUUUUUUUUAUUGUUGUCAUUAUUUUUUUCUUUUGCUGUUGUUCAGACGAGACAUUUUUUUCUGAUGUUGAAGUUGCUUCUUGUGUUCUGUGACGGCUGCUCUGCGCUCAGCUUUCUGCUGUCAAGGAUGAGUCAUUUGAGGGGUUGAGGAGAGGUCAAGAGGAGGAGGUUUGAGGGGUUCUCUUGGAGCAGUGGUUCCCAGCCUUUUUGGGGUCAUGUCACGGACCCCAGUUUGAUAAGACUUUACUUCAG